CACUUUUAACGAUCUUUGUCUACAGUGUCAUUUUGGCGCCGAAUAUUCGGUUAUUUGUGGUCCUUGAGCGCGAGAGUUGGUGUUUCUCUGUGGAUGUUGAAGUAGUUCUUGGCUUUAUUUAGUUACUUAAGUUCAGUAUAACAGUGAAAGGAGCGUUUAAAAACAAAAUGCAGCGGAGCAUUGCAUCAUUUUUCCAGCCCAAGAGCAAAGACAAGGACAAUCUGACGAAACAUGCAGAUGAAGCAGCAAAGAAGCCCGUCAAGAGUCCCCUCAAGGUGCAGAACGGUGUCCAGGAAGCUGAUUCGCCCAUCAAGAAGGUUGCCAAACGCAGCCGUCAAAUCCUGGACAGCGAUGAGGACGAGGCCACAGUCGUUAAAGAACAAGCUGCCACCAAAGAACACGAAGACAAAGAAGCGAAAUCAGAGAAGAGUGACCAUGUGUUGAAGGAGGUUUCCACCCCCCUGUCUCCACCAGCUGCAACUCAGUCCCCCGUUACCCCGGCAACCCCAGCCUCUUCAACAUCCUCUGGGUCUCCCAGCACCCCCAGUUCCAUCUCUCCAUCUGGAAUCAUCAAACGCAAAACUGCGAGGAAGAUGUUCCCCAAGAGGAAGCUGGAUGAGAGCGGGAGCGGCGGAGAGAGUCGGAAAGAGGAGUCCAAGGUCACCGAGGAGCAGGGUCAGCAAAACAAACGACCCCGUGUGGAGAGCUGUGUCAGCAGCGCAGGGAACACCGAUGAACCCAUGGAGGAGGGAGCAGAGGAAGAAAGGGUUGAAAAGGCAGCGACUGAGGCUAACAGCCCAGAUGAGGAGGUGGAGAACAAAAAGAAAGAAGAAGCAGAGAAGGCCAAGAAGGAGGAGGAGCAGGUGAAGAAAAGGAGCUCUGAUGAGAGAGAAAAGAAAGCUGAGGAGGCGGAAAAGAAAACUGGAGCGAAGGAGAAGACUGAUGAUGAGAAAGGGCCCACUGUCGCCAAAGAGGAGGUGGUUGAAAAGGACACGCAAGACACGGGGAGCCCGAAAAGUCAAAAGCAGAAGGAGGUGAAGGAGCAGAAAGAUAAGGAGCCUGCCAAAAAAGCCCCAAUCAGCAGUUUCUUUGCUCCCAGGAAAGCUGCAGCGAAGACAGAAAAAACUGAGACGAAUGAAGGAGAGAAGAAGAUGGAGAGGAAGAGCUCAGAGGAGGAGCGCAAAGACAGAAAAAGUGAGUCCACCUCAGAACAAACGGACUAUGAUCCAUCCAGGCCAAACUACCAUCCGGUAGAACACGCCUGCUGGAAACAAGGCCAGAAAGUGCCGUACUUGGCAGUGGCUCGCACCUUUGAGAAAAUUGAACAGGACUCUGGCAGGCUGAGAAACAUCGAGACGCUGUCAAACCUGCUUCGCUCUGUUCUGCUGCUCUCUCCAGAUGACCUCCUGUGCUGUGUGUACCUGUGCUUGAACCAGCUGGGCCCCGCCUACCUCGGGAUGGAGCUUGGUGUAGGAGAAAUGGUGCUGAUGAAAGCCGUUGCUCAAGCAACUGGGCGACAGUUGGACAAAAUUAAAUCCGAGGCGCAGGAGAAAGGAGAUUUGGGCCUUGUGGCCGAGAGUUCCCGUAGCAACCAACGCAUGAUGUUCCAACCGGCCAGCCUGACUGCAGGGGGUGUGUUCAGGAAAUUGAAGGAAAUUGCCAGCAUGAGUGGGAACUCGGCCAUGAAUAAGAAAAUCGACAUCAUCAAAGGCCUCUUUGUGGCAUGCCGCUUUUCAGAGGCCCGCUACAUAGUCAGGUCUCUUGCUGGGAAGCUGAGGAUUGGCCUUGCUGAGCAGAGCGUGCUUUCUGCCCUGAGCCAAGCUGUCUGUCUGACUCCGCCUGGACAAGGUUUCCCUCCUGCUGUGAUUGACGCAGGGAAAGGCAUGAGCGCUGAAAGCAGGCGGGCCUGGAUCGAAGAGAAGAGCCUCAUUCUAAAGCAAAUAUACUGCGAGAUGCCCAAUUACGACGUCAUCAUUCCUGUUUUGCUAAAAGAAGGCAUCGACCAGCUGCCCAAUCACUGCAAGCUUACUCCAGGCAUACCGCUGAGACCCAUGUUGGCUCAUCCCACCAAGGGUGUCGGGGAGGUGAUGAAGAGGUUUGACGAGGCAGCGUUCACCUGCGAGUAUAAAUACGAUGGGGAACGUGCACAGAUUCACAUUCUUGAGGGUGGUGAAGUUCGGAUAUUCAGCCGCAACCAGGAAGACAACACCAGCAAAUACCCCGAUAUCGUCUCUCGCAUUCCCAAGGUAAAGAAGGACUCUGUGGUAUCUUGUGUCCUGGACUCUGAGGCGGUGGCCUGGGACCGUGAAAAGAAACAGAUCCAACCCUUCCAAGUCCUCACCACUCGUAAGAGGAAGGAUGUGGAUGCCUCAGAGAUCAAAGUCCAAGUGUGCGUGUAUGCCUUUGACCUCCUCUAUCUCAAUGGAGAGUCCCUGGUGCGUCAACCGCUGUGUCGGCGUCGGGCGCUGCUGAGAGAAAGCUUCUCAGAGAUGGAAGGAGAGUUUCAGUUCGCCCGUUUCAUCGACUCUGACAACACCGAUAUCAUUGCAGAGUUCCUAGAGCAGUCUGUCCGAGACUCUUGUGAAGGCCUGAUGGUGAAGACUUUGGAGAAGGAUGCUACCUACGAGAUUGCCAAGCGUUCUCAUAAUUGGCUCAAGCUAAAGAAAGAUUACCUGGACGGAGUGGGCGACACCGUGGACCUGUGUGUGAUCGGCGCCUAUCUGGGGAAAGGAAAAAGGACCGGCACUUACGGAGGGUUCCUGCUGGCCUGCUAUGAUGAAGAAAAUGAAGAGUUUCAGUCGGUCUGCAAGAUCGGGACAGGCUUUAAGGAUGAAGAUCUGGAGCAGCAUCACAAGUUUUUAAAGGAGCACAUCCUUCCCAAGCCACGCCCCUACUACCGUGUGGACCAAUCGGCCGAGCCUGACGUGUGGCUGGAUGCCGUGCAGGUUUGGGAGGUGAAGUGCGCCGACCUCUCGCUGUCGCCUGUCUACAAGGCUGCCAUGGGAACGGUGGAUCCAGAGAAAGGAAUUUCUCUCAGGUUCCCGCGCUUCCUUCGGAUUAGAGAUGACAAGAAGCCAGAGGACGCCACAAGCGGAGCUCAGAUCGCUGAUUUGUACAAGAAGCAGCAGCAGAUUCUGAACCAGAGAGACAAAGCUGACCCGGAGGACUACUACUGAUUGUCUGCAGUCAUCAGCACCAAAUGAUGAAUAUUUCAGUGUAAUUGUAAAUAACUUUUCCUUUCUCUUGUAUUGUCAGAUGAAAAUAAAGUCUGCUGCCACUUUC